AGCCCAGCCUUGGUGCCCUUGGCACACCCGGACCCUGCUACGCUGCCCCUUGCACCCCCCUGCCCCACUUCGAAACCCUUGGCACCCCCCUGAGACCCACUUCUAUGCCCUUUGCACACCCCAAGCCCUGCUUUGGGGCCUUUGGCAUCCCCUAAACCCCACGUUGAUGCCCUUGGUACCCCCCCUCAGACCCUCUUCAAUGCCUUUGGCACCACCCUGAGCCCUGCUUCAGGGCCCUUGGCACCCCCCAGCCCUUUUGUAAUGCCCAUGGUACCCCCGCAGCCCCACUUCGAUGCCCUUUGCACCCUCCUAUCCCCAUUUCAAUGCCGUUGACACCCCUCCAGCCCCUCUUCGACGCCCUUAUCGCCCCCUCAGCCUCUCUUCGACACCCUUGGAACCCCCCCCAGACCCUCUUUGAUGCCCUUGGCACCCCUUCAGCCCCCCUUCGACAGCCUUGGCACGUCGCUGCCGCCGUGGGACGAUGCUUUACGGGCGAUGCUUGGCUUCGCGUCCUACUAUGGCGACCACAUGGUGCUGCAGAAGGAGCCGGCGGGGGCCGUGGUGUGGGGCUACGGGGAGCCGGGGGCCACCGUGACCGUGGUCCUCUCCGAGGACAGUGGCCUCAUCGUCAUGAAGAAGACGGUGCGAGUUAAAGGACCUUCUGGGACAUGGACAACUGUCCUGGACCCUAUGGAUCGGGGCGGUCCCUACGCGCUGACAGCCGGGCAAGGCUCGGAGAACGUGACGCUGCGGGACGUCUACUUUGGAGACGUCUGGCUUUGCAGCGGGCAGAGCAACAUGGCGAUGACAGUCUUGCAGAUCGCCAACGCCACCCGGGAGCUCGCCGACGCCGCUCGCUACCCCUACGUCCGCGUCUUCGCCGUGGCACCCGCCCGCUCUGACGUGGAGCUGGAGGACCUGGAGCGCAUCGACUUGCCGUGGUCCAUCCCGACGGCCGAAAACCUGGGCCAUGGGAAUUUCACCUACUUCUCGGCCGUCUGCUGGCUGUUGGGGCGUUACCUCUACGAGGCUCUGGGGUACCCCGUCGGGCUGGUGGAGGCGGCCUGGGGAGGCACCCCCAUUGAAGCCUGGUCUUCUCGAAGGGCUCUGCGGGCCUGCGGGCUCCCGGAGGACGCGGGGAGCCCAGCUUUGGCCUCCGGCAUCUCCCAGCACCGCCGUCUCUCCGGCCCGCAAACGCCCUCCGUGCUCUGGAACGCCAUGAUCCACCCGCUGCUCAACAUGACGCUGCAGGGUGUCGCUUGGUACCAGGGUGAGGCCAACACCUUCCUGCACACGGACCUGUACAACUGCACCUUCCCCGCGCUCAUCGCCGACUGGCGCCGGGCUUUCCAUGCCGGAUCGGCCGGGCAGACGCAGCCGCUCCUCCCCUUCGGCUUCGUGCAGUUGUCCACCUAUCGCCGGCAGAGCCCGGACGACAGCUUCGCCCGCCUCCGCUGGCACCAAACAGCUGAUCUGGGGGUUGUCCCCAACGCCAGGAUGCCCGGCACCUUCAUGGCCGUGGCCAUGGAUCUGUGCGAUGAGCGCUCGCCCUACGGCAGCAUCCACCCCCGGGACAAGCAGAACGUGGCCCACCGGCUGCAGCUGGGCGCCAGGGCUGUGGCGUAUGGGGAGAAAGACCUGGUUUUCCAGGGGCCGUAUCCCACCCGGGCCGUCCUGGAGGUGACCAGGGGUCUGCUGAACCUCACUUACAGCCAGGAGCUCGUCUGCCGUCAGAGGGACACGCGGGCGUUUGAGAAGGGGAACCCCGAACGCGGGAAGAGCUCAGCCCGGCCGCCACUGUCGCGUUACAGACAUCACCCCACCAGGCUGUAUCAAAACCAGAGUUUAAUGCACUCGAGCGACCGCUGACAGGAAGGAAUUGGAUCAAACUGGAUCCCAGUAGACCAACUGGGCAGGUCCCGAAGGGUCAGGCAGAGCCGAGCGAGUCCCGGGAGGCUUCUCCCAUCGCCUGCACUCCAGGCUUCGCUUCUGGGCAAGGGGGAGAAGAAAAGGAGGAAGUUAAUUGACUGGGCAAUCGUAAACUGGAAUCUUGGGCUUUCUCCGCCAGCGUGCGACUAGCCCGAGAGCCAGUUGUGCUAGCCCUGCGGUUGCCAUGCCAACCAGGAUGCUAAAUACAGCUCAAUCUGGGUGUUUUUGUUAAAAACCACAGCCCUCAGACUGGAUGCAGGGCCGGGAAAGGAGCCCAGGCGGCCUGGCUCCCACCCUGCCAGGUCGAGGAUCCCCGUGAGACCACAUCGUUGCCAGCAGCCCCCCCGGGAUGUAAAGCUCCCCGCUCCCAGCAGGCUGCACUGCUCUCUCUGCCAAAAACGGGGACCCCCCCCCCGCCCGGCCCCCCGGUUUGCCCAGAGCUUGGAUUUGAGCCGCGAGCUCUCCGCUUUCCGUUCCUAUAGCAACUCCUGCCCACGCGUGGGCUCGCAGUAGCAUCACAUCCCGCCUGCCAGAACCCAUCCCCAGCUGCAAACGGAGCCGUCGGCCCCCCCGGCAGCCCCCCAACUCUCCCCAAAAAAAACCCUCAAGGUCUCGGCAAAGGGUUUAGGGCCACGCUGGAUGGAUCCAGCCUCACCGGGUGGGAUCUGGCUGCGGAGGAGCCAAGAGGAGAGCGAAGAAGUCUUCUCUACUGAAAAAGCCUACCUAGAGCCCCGCCGUUGGGGAGGGACACGCUGCCGUCGGCCUCGGGGGGUUUG